CAAACCAAGUUACGAAGCAAAAUAGUUAUUGUAGGUUGUGUUUGCCGCUGUAAAUCAGUUUAGCCGAAUUUAAACCAUGUCCGCCAGAUACGACCGUGCGAUCACAGUCUUCUCACCGGACGGUCACCUUCUGCAAGUCGAGUACGCACAGGAGGCCGUGCGAAAAGGAUCGACCGCCGUCGGUGUGCGAGGGGCGAACGCCGUGGUCUUGGGUGUUGAGAAAAAAUCCGUCGCUAAGUUACAGGAGGAGAGGACUGUCAGGAAGAUAUGCCUGUUGGACGAGCACGUAGUUAUGGCGUUUGCUGGUCUUACCGCCGACGCCAGGAUAUUGAUCAACAGGGCCCAAAUUGAGUGCCAGUCACACAAACUAACUGUAGAAGAUCCAGUAACCUUAGAAUACAUUACCAGGUACAUCGCCAGUCUGAAGCAGAAGUACACACAGAGCAAUGGCAGGAGACCGUUCGGUAUUUCUUGUUUACUUGGUGGCUUCGACUAUGAUGGCAAAGCCCAUUUGUACCAGACUGAGCCAUCUGGUAUCUAUUAUGAAUGGAAGGCGAACGCCACAGGCAGAUCAGCCAAAACAGUCAGAGAAUUCUUGGAAAAAAAUUAUUCAGAGGAGGAAGUGGCAACAGAAAAAGGUACAGUCAAAUUGGCAAUUAAAGCCCUGUUGGAAGUAGUCCAAUCAGGCCAGAAAAAUCUGGAGAUCGCUGUUAUGAGACUUGGUGAACCUAUUGUCAUGUUGGACACAGCAACUAUUGAACAGUAUGUGACAGAAAUUGAGAAGGAAAAGGAGGAGGAAGCUGAGAAGAAGAAACAAAAGAAAUAAGGGGAUUAAACUUAUAAUUAAUUUGUUAAUUUCAUAAAAUUAUGAUAACAUUUUUUAAAUUAAAUUUAUAAUAAUAA